AAAUAAUGAGGUUAACCACUUGUCUCAUUGUUAAGAUAAUAAAUUAAAUGAAUUGAAUUUUCACUAUUUGCGUUUCUUGAUUAUUUUUCUGUUUUACAGUUUACAUCACUGAUUUUGUAUUAAAAAUCCUAAAUGGUUGAAGUGAAUUUGUAUUGAUUGGAAAACACUGAUUAAUCUUGGAAUAAGAAAUCUUCGAAAAGAAUGAUGGGUACCUGGUUAGGUUAGGUUAGGUUAGGUCGUUUGCAGAAUCUGCAUAUUCAUUACCAGCGCAUCCCAGUUGAUGGGGAUAUUAAUAUCACGCCAAAAUCAUCCGAUUAGAACCACCGCUUGGGCUUAGAUUAGGUUAGGUUAGGUUAGACCCGUUGAAAUUUCCAUAGAGUUGCAGUAUCAAUGUGACGCCAAAAGAACCCAAUUAAAACCGACGCUUGGGAAGCGUUGAGAGAAUGACCCGCUGGCAUUUCCAUGCUUUCACAAUGUUGAAUUAAAUGAUCACAAAAAAAAUUAUGUACUUUGAUUCGAGACCAAGGAACUGAUUGAGUAGAAACACGUUGAUUAGAUGAAAUUAAAUUCAUCAUGAAAAAUUACAACCGUUGCGUUAGAAACGUAAACAGCAACUGACAAAUUUUUUUAAAUUUAAAGUAACUGAUUUUGUUGAAGCGCGCGACCAACGUUGCUUUGUGAUAUUAUAAUCUUUUGACUUCAUGACUAUGUUUGCAAAAAUUUCUAGUUAUCAAAAAAACCUUCAAAUGACCUUCAAGUGCGUUCUAUCAUGAAUAACCUUUAUGACAUUGACCUUGAAAUAUGACAUUUGAAUAUCGGUCAAAUUUCCAUAGACGAAAUAUGGACCCUAUUGGUCAAGUAGUUUUUGAUUAAUCGUCAAAAGAAACCAACAAAGUGACUUAAUUGCCCUGUACACUGAGUCACAAAAUGACAAAUAAAGACAAAUUUUUAAUACAUUAAUUGUAAGUUGAUCAAUUUAAUCAAGAAUUUUAGUCAUAAGUAGAUAAGGUUAUUUCCCGACCUCGUGAUUUUAUCAAGUGUAAUAAUUACUAAUAAUAUUAAAAAUCGUCUCAAAUUACGGAAAGAAAUUAAGUCUUGACAAUUCAGACAACUUUCUUUGCAUUUAUUUCAGUCGCUAGAUGGAGUAUAAAGUAUAACGAAUCUUUUACUUUCAUUUUGACUAGACAAGAAUAAUAUUGAAAUUUAUGUAAAAUUACUAACUCACAUUAGAGUGACCUUGGGGGAGGCGAGAAGAUCAAACGAUAUAUGUCCGUAAUCCAAAAGAUGACCUUUAGCUCACUCAAAGUUUGUUUUUCCCCACCCUACACCCAAUCACCCUCUCCCUAAGUACGAUAUUCGCCACCGGACACUAUGAAUUUUAAUUUAUCGAAGCCUCCCCUGAGGUCGCUGUAUAAUUUUGAAUCUGAACAUGUGAUUGAAUGAAAACAUGAUUUUCUAGAUGAAAAUGAUUCUUUUAUCUGUCAAAAGGUUUGUAUCUUUUAGUUUUUAUAACUAUCGUUGUCUUUUUAGUUCCUCUGGUCACUGGCCGAUCACCUGUUCUUUUGAUCAUAAAUGUACAUUGAAUUAUUUCAAAGAAAUUGAGAAUCACUGGAAACCCAUUUUGGACAGAAAAUGGAAAAUUUAUUCUCAAAGUGUCGAUCAAACUUCACCUAAUCAUAAAUAUGUUCUGGCCAUGUUUCCAUAUCCCAGUGGAUCUUUGCAUCUUGGUCAUGUACGAAUCUACACCACAAGUGAAGUUAUGGCUCGAUUUUUAAAGUUACGAGGUUUCUCAGUGACGAAUCCAAUGGGUUGGGAUUCUUUUGGACUACCUGCUGAAAAUGCCGCUCUUGAAAGGUCCUUCAGUCCAGCGACCUGGACUUAUCAAAACAUCUCUAACAUGGAAGGUCAAAUCAAAAGUCUUGGUCUAUUUGUGAACUGGAGGGAAGCGACGUCCGAUGCAAGUUUCUAUCGAUGGACACAAUGGUUGUUUCUUCAAUUAUUUAAAUCUGGUUUAUUAUUCAAAUCAAUGAGUAGAGUUAAUUGGGAUCCUGUUGAUAAAACUGUUCUAGCUGAUGAUCAAGUUGAUGCCAAUGGUUUAUCAUGGAGAUCAGGAGCUAAAGUUGAAAAACGUUUUCUCCGACAAUGGGCUGUAAAGAUCAGCGCUUUUCAUGAACAACUUUAUGAUACCAAAAAUAUCGACAUGGACAAUCCAUCCUGGAAAGAGCUGAUCGCCAAUCAACAAUUUUUUCUCGGUCAACCAGAUAGUUUUAUCUUUUAUUUCCAAACAAAUUCAGAUAUACUUCCAGUUUUAUGUGAUUACCCUGAGUACCUAAAAUCCCAUGAAUCAUACGUAGCAGUUAACGAUGAACACUGGAUUACUAAACAAUCAUCUCAGAAAAUUAUUAAUCCACUAAAUGGAAAAGAAAUGAAAAUCGUAAUCCUGCCCGAUGAUAAGUUACCUCAAAGUGGUCGAGCAGAAAUCAUGAACCCAAAUAAUGUUAUUUGUGAAGAAACAAGAAAACUAGUAUUGGAAGAAUGUAGUAAAUUAAAGUUAGGUGGUUAUCGAACCUCGAAACGAAGUCAUGAUUGGAUAAUAUCUCGCCAACGAUAUUGGGGCACACCAAUUCCAAUUAUUAACUGCCCGUCUUGCGGAACUGUUCCCGUUCCAGAAUCUAACUUACCGAUAGAAUUGCCCCCUGUUAAAGAUUUAAAUCGACUUUACUGUUCGUCCAAUAAUGAUGGUGACAAAGUUACGAGUCGAUUAGAAUCUGUUGCGCCAAACGAUUGGUUGAAUGUUUCAUGUCCAAAAUGUGGCAAUCCAAGUGUUCGUGAAACAGAUACGUGUGAUACUUUCGUCGAUUCUUCUUGGUAUUAUCUUCGAUAUGCAACCGAUCCACAAGAUAGUCAACCCUUCAACAAGGUUGCGAACACUAAGCCAGUUGACAUUUACGUCGGCGGAGCGGAGCAUUGCAGAGGCCAUUUACUUUAUGCUCGAUACAUUUAUUACUUUCUCAAGAGUAAAGGAUUUCUAGAAACUGAUUCAUCCGAACCAUUUGAUAAUCUCCUCUUUUUGGGCUAUGUUCUUGGUCGUACAAUAAAAUUGAACAAUCGAUUUGUAACCGAAGAUGAAUAUCAACAAUUAAUCGACUCGGGUACCAACUCACCUGAUGAUUUCGAAAUAACCUUUGAAAAGAUGUCCAAGUCAAAAGGAAAUGGUGUUAAUCCAAUGGAGCUGAUUAACACUUAUGGUGUUGAUUUGACUCGAACCAGUUUACUUGGUUUUGGUUUACCUCGACGAGAACGUGAAUGGCAUGGAAGUAAAGUCGAAUUUGAAGAAAUUUUUGUUCUAAUGAGACGUUUGUUUCUCACAGUUGAACAAUUUAUCUACAUACGCGAGGUGAUUAGUGAGAAUCCAAAAGGCCCAGUGAUUAGACGUUUCAUGCUCACUCAAAAUAUCGAAGAGCAACAAUUAAAUAAAACAAUUGAUAAAUUGAACCGCGAAAGGAAGAAAACAAUUGAAAAAGUAACAUCGGCGUUCGAGAAUAUUCAUCCAGCGCUUGGUAUCAAUAUGUUGAAAAAUUUUCUAUUCUUGUUAAGAAAAAGUGUCCUCAAUUUAGAAACUUGUUCCAAUAUUGAAUUCGAACGAUGUUUGGGUGAUACAAUCAUCAUGUUCGGACCAGUGAUACCUCAUUUAGCUGAAGAGUGUUGGUCAGCCUUUUCUAAAUAUGCUCAUCAAACUGGACAUAAAAAAUAUUACGAUUUCGACGAAUUAGUUAUGGAGCAAAAAUGGCCAACAAUUGAUUAGUCUCUUGAAAUAGAAUAACAAUUAGUCUUGAUUGAAGUGAUAAUUUGUUUUUUACUUCAAUUUUUGUAAUUUAAUUUAUUGCAAUCAAAAGUGAUUUUUGUAUAAAAGUGUCAAUUAAAAAAUAAGAUGAAAAUGAGUAAAGUA